AUCAUUGAUAUCGUCAAGGAGGAAAUGUUGUCCAGGGCUCCGUGGUCCUGUGGAUUCCUUCUGAACGGCUUUCCUCGUAACGCAUCUCAAGCGGACAUGUUCGUAAACGAAAUUUGCGACGUGGACGUCAUCAUCUAUUUGACGUGCAACAUCCCGAUGAUGAUAUCUCGUUCGCAAUUCAAGUCAGAAACCAGGAAACUUCACGACAUCAAAGAAGAAAUUUCCCAUUAUCAAAAGAAUAUAUCGAGAGGCAUUAAGAAGUACAACGCCAAAAUCGAGAGAUUUGACUCGACGAAGGCCGCACCGGAUAUUCUAUUCCCAAAAAUUCAAUCCGCGAUUGACGUUCGCGUGUUUUCUGAAGGAAAUGAGAGGGAACAUCCGGCAACUGCACUCACCGUUAAUGACAUUCACGAUUGACAUCGCACUGUGUCGGU